GCGGACAACGGAAACUGAUGCAUUCUGUUCUGUCCUUCUUGGUUCUGAUUCGCCCUCAUCGUUCUUUACGAAAGUUCAAUCAUUUUCUUAAUUGCUUAAUCCCUUGAGAAAAAUCAUAUUUUGGGCGGGUCAACUCGAUCAAGCGCGUGAUUUGUUUGCUCCUCUGUAUAUUGACUGCUGUUUGAAGUAAAAGUGGGGGGAACCCUAGGCUCAAGUGUAUGGUCUAGUGAUGCAGCCUGCCAUUUGCUCUGUAAAGGAUCGAUCUUUCUGCCACAUUUGGUAAAUCAUAAGUGGAUGAUAGAUUAGCCGGUUGGCAGCUGAGGAAAGGAAAAAUAAUUUGAACUAGGAGUUUGAUUGAGGAAUGUCAGGUGGAUAUUGGGUGUGUUAUGCAGGAACCUGACUUCAUUGGUGCUCAGAAAAGGCAUUCAGAUUUCAUGGCUCAGCUAGAGUUCAUAUGUAUUAGUUCAUCAGAUGAUGACUUGGAGCUGGAGGAGAUAGAAAAUCCAAAUUAUGGAAAUCGUUCUGGUUGGCCUGCUCAUGAAAGCAAUGCUGGUUAUGGUGGAGGGCUUGUGCUUGAUAAUUCUUUGAGAUGGGCAAAUACUUCAAAUGCAAGCUCUUCUAGUGUUUAUAAUCACUAUACUGAACCUGGGUCCAGCAGUUAUAUGCCAAACAUGCAUGGAGAUGGAUCUUUCAAUUUUUUGAAGAAUGGAAACACAAGUCAGUUUCAGACAGUAAAUUCCCGAAUUGCUAAAUCUUCUGAUGCUGAUUAUGAGAAAAUACCAUUCCAACAAGCUUUGAAGAGGACCUUUUCAUCAUCGCCUCAGCCAGCUGCAACAAAGCCACUUCCAUCUCUUCAGUCAUUUGCACCUGGAAGUAAUACGAACAGUGACAAGGGCGCUUUGCGUGAUAACUAUGGCAGGGGCAAUGAUGAACGCAUGAUGUAUCAAAAUGGUGGGAUUAGGAUUCUUCCUCCACCUAUGAUUCAUGGAAAGUCUAUCUCUAACACAGUGUUAGCUAGCUCAAGUGAGCUGUUUCGUACUGGGGCAGAAGAAAGGGCUUCAGAAAAUGAUGAGAGACUAAUUUAUCAGGCAGCACUGGAGGAUCUCAAUCAGCCAAAAGUUGAAGCUAAUUUACCUGAUGGUUUAUUGUCUGUGUCACUUCUGAGACAUCAGAAAAUUGCAUUGGCUUGGAUGCUUCAGAGGGAAACCAGAAGCUUGCAUUGCUUGGGGGGAAUUCUGGCUGAUGAUCAGGGCCUUGGAAAGACAAUUUCGAUGAUUGCCCUCAUACAAAUGCAGAGAUCAUUGCAGUCAAAAUCGAAAGCAGAUGAGAUGUGCAAUCAUAAAGCUGAAGCAUUAAAUUUGGAUGAGGAUGAUGAAAAUGAUAAUGCUGGUGGUACUGUGGAAAAAUCUAAAAAGAAUGAAGAUGAUAUAAAGCCUGUUCCUGAAUCAGUUAGUUCAUCUUCAACAAGGGUGCUUGGCAGGAAAAGACCAGCUGCUGGUACACUGGUUGUCUGCCCUGCUAGUGUUCUCCGACAGUGGGCAAGGGAAUUGGAUGACAAAGUAGGAGAUGAAGCUAAGCUCUCUGUGUUGAUUUAUCAUGGGGGUAAUAGGACGAAGGAUCCUGUUGAACUUGCAAAAUAUGAUGUCGUCCUCACAACAUAUUCUAUUGUAACUAAUGAGGUUCCAAAGCAACCUUUAGUUGAAGAGGAUGAAAUUGAUGAAAAAAUGGGGGAAAAAUUUGGGUUGUCCUCUGAGUUUGCUUUUGGUAAAAAGAGGAAAAAGGCUAAUAAUGCAAAUAAAAAGUGUAAAAAAGGUAAAAAGGGAAUUGACAGUUCUUUUGAUUGUGCAUCUGGUGCCCUCGCAAAAGUUGGCUGGUUCAGGGUCAUUCUAGAUGAAGCUCAAACAAUAAAGAAUCAUAGAACUCAGGUGGCUAGAGCUUGCUGCAGUCUUCGAGCCAAAAGAAGGUGGUGCUUAUCUGGAACACCUAUUCAAAACGCUAUUGAAGAUCUCUAUAGCUACUUCAGAUUCCUGAAGUAUGAUCCUUAUGCUGUAUAUAAAUCAUUCUACAAUACAAUAAAAGUGCCAAUAUCCAAAAAUUCUAUUCAAGGUUACAAGAAGCUUCAAGCAGUUCUUAGGGCUAUAAUGCUACGUCGUACUAAAGGAACACUGAUUGAUGGACAGCCUAUAAUCACUUUGCCCCCUAAAACUAUUCAGCUGAAUAAGGUGGAUUUCUCCAUUGAGGAGCGGGCCUUCUACACCAAGUUGGAAGCAGAUUCACGUACUCAAUUUAAGGCAUACGCUGCUGCUGGUACAGUCAAUCAAAAUUAUGCAAACAUUCUUUUAAUGCUUUUACGUCUCCGUCAGGCUUGCAACCACCCACGUCUUGUUAAAGAUUAUAGUUCUGAUUUCGUCGGGGAAAGUUCGAUAGAAAUGGCGAGAACACUUCCAAGGGAGAUGCUACUUAAUCUUUUCAAUUGUUUGGAAACAUCCUUUGCAAUUUGCAAAGUUUGCAAUGAUACGCCUGAAGAUCCAGUUGUUACCAUGUGUGGCCAUGUUUUCUGUUAUCAGUGUGUAUCAGAACAUUUGACGGGUUAUGAAAAUAUGUGCCCAGCUGCUGAUUGUAGAGAACAAAUUGGUGAUGAUGUCAUCUUCUCCAAAGCUACAUUAAGAAGUUGCAUCUCUGGUGAUCUUGGUGAUAGCAGUUCCUCAAAUUCUCGACUCAUUGAUUAUUCAGUCGUGCAGCAGAGUAAUUACAGUUCAUCUAAAAUCAAGGCACUCCUCGAGAUUCUGGAGCUACAUUUGAGUCCCUCUGGUCGUUCUAGAAAUUCACUGCCUUCUGAAACUUCAGAUGUUGACAACUUGGAUUCAGAUGUGAUUAUUACAAGGCACACAAGAAAAUAUUCAGAGAGCACAACUGACGGACCAAUGAAGGCUAUUGUUUUUUCCCAGUGGACUAGCAUGUUGGACUUAGCUGAAGAUUCACUGAAGGACUCUGGUAUUCGAUACAGGAGACUUGAUGGUACCAUGACGUUGGCCGCAAGGGACAAGUCUGUUAAAGAUUUCAACACUGAUCCUGAGGUAACUGUCAUGCUGAUGUCACUAAAAGCAGGAAAUCUUGGUUUGAACUUGGUUGCUGCUUGUCAUGUCGUUCUUUUAGAUCUUUGGUGGAAUCCAACAACUGAAGACCAAGCUGUUGAUCGAGCUCACAGGAUUGGACAGACGCGUCCUGUUACUGUGACACGGCUCACUAUAAGAGAUACGGUUGAAGAUAGAAUCUUGGCUCUCCAGGAAGACAAGAGAAAAAUGGUGGCGUCUGCUUUUGGUGAAGAUCAAGCUGGCGGGACGGCAACUCGCCUGACAGUGGAUGACCUAAAAUAUCUUUUCAUGGUCUGAAGAAAUGGUGCUUACUUUGUGUUCCCAUGAUGUUGGAUGAUCUGAAUCAGUCCAAUCUUUGUUCUGGGCUGCUCAGUUAUGUAUUGCUGCAUUUUUUGGUGCCCCUUCAUAUGUGUUGCUCAUAUUGGGUAGGGAAGGCUGGUUUAUUUUCGGUGUACCUUAAUAGGUUAUGAAGCCCUCAAGGGCAUUUUUGUUCCCCUGCAACAGCUAUGUAGUAUAAAGAAGUCUGUAAAUAUACUAGUUAGAUUCUCUCUGUGGAAAAUUUCCUUGAGCAGCCGACCUUUUUCUUCUUUUAUAUUCCCAGAAUUAUCUCUACCUUGGACACUGCAUGGAUUGCCAAAUGUUCUUCAAUGGCUGUUGUAUUUCCCAUGCUCAACUGUGUCAAGGAUGGUUUUUUUUCUUCCAAGGAAUUAGGUCACAUGUACUAUAUAUAUUUCAUUGGAGUAAAAUUUGUACAAUACUCCCUCCGGGUUAAAAUAUAUGACAUUACUAUAUAUAUUUCAUUGGAGUAAAAUUUGUACAAUA